AAUCCCAGUCAGAAAACACUCUCUCUCAACUCUAUUGAAAAACACUUUCUCUCUCGCCCCCUUUCUCAGCAUCUCUGUGGGACCCAUCUGAAGAUUAGUAUGAUAAACUAUAGAGACUGUGUCCUGGCUGCUCUGUUCUCUCUCCUUAUCAUCACCCUCAUUCCCACCACACAAUCAGCGGACUGCUGUCUGAAGUUCACUCGGCGUCCGGUGCACUGCCGAUGGCUGAAAGGCUACACCUUCCAAGACAUUACUUCCUCAUGCGACCUCAAUGCUGUCAUCUUCCAGAAUCGAAGGAACAAGUUUGUGUGUGCCGACCCCUCUCAAGACUGGACCAAGAGGGUACAACACUGUCUGCGCAAGCGUCAGGAGAAGAAAUCCCAACUGAAGAAAAGGGUCUGAACUCACGUUGCUAUGGAGAGGGCUUUCAUUACAGAACACCAUGUAAUACAUUAUUGAUAUAAUGUUAUAUUUUACUGAGACAAACAGCAAUAUAUUUCAAUAUACAGAGAGAUUCAUGAAGGUUAAGAUGUUUCAAUAAUUUAAUAUAAGUGAAUAUUUUGCAUCAUCUCAGUUUGUGUAUAAUAACUGUAUUUAUCAUCAUUGUUGUUCUGUUUUAUAAACAGCAGGUGUAGUAUUUCUGAUACGCAUGUAGAAACAUUAAAACAUAGUUUUCACACAGAGUACCACAAAAUAUUUUUGUGUUGAUGUUUCAUAUCUCUCCAAUUGAAGCCAGAGAAAACCUUUUUAACUUUUUUAUUUCCAAAGUGUCCAAAUCUCUAUAUGAGUUUUACUGAAGUGUACUUACUUUAAGCUCAAAGCUAUGAAAUAGAUAAUAAAAUGGGUAUUUGAAAUAC